AUGAGGAACUUGGACUCGUCCCCCAUAAAGCCUGUGUUCAAACCUCACUAUCUGAAUCCAGGCAAAACCAAGAGCUUCGAGAAGAGUUUACCCUACUCAGAGACCAAGAUGAAACCUUGGGAGGUCCAGAACAUCUCGAAGGACGUGUUUUUCCAAAGAAAAUACGGAAAUAUAAGUCCCGAAGAGAGAAACAAACUCACCGAAAAGGUCGCUAGACAGAGACGACUUAGAAAUAUGAGAAAGGAACAUGAACGAGAACAAAGGGAAAAUGCCAGAGCUGAAAGAAUGGCAAAAUCAGGCAGGGAAAACCACAGCGACUCUGAACAGUAUCGUGUGUCUAGAGAUCGUACACCUAUAGGAAAGAAUUCACUUUUUGAAUAUGUCUAUGGAACUCAUUCAGUUAGAUCAGCUUUGGAGUCUGGUAAGAGGUCGUCCUACAGUCGACUUUAUGUACAUAAUUGCCAGGAUAGACAGUUAAUCAAGAUUGCAGAGACAAAGUAUGGCGUAAAAAUUGUGGAAAGAUCUAGCAAGAACGACUUGAACAUCUUGUGCAACAACGGAGUACAUAACGGAGUAGUAUUGGAAACCAAGAGUUUGGAGCUCAAUACCAUUCAUUCGCUUGGAGCUUGUCAAGAUAACGAGUAUAAGGUUACGGUGUACAAUGAUCUUGACGAUGCUGAAGUAGAGAUAGUCAAGACAGUGGCCAGAACAGACCCUGUAGAAGAUGAACCUGUAGCCAAGAUGCCUUUGGGAAUCUUUCUCGAUGGCAUCACUGAUCCUCAGAACAUGGGAGGCAUUAUCAGAUCUGCCUACUACUUUGGAGUUGAUUUCAUCGUGGUUCCUGGAAGUCACACUGCCAGGCUUGGACCCGUGGCCAACAAGGCGUCCGUGGGUGCUAUGGACUUGAUUGAUAUCUACGAGACGAACGAGAGCUUGAAGUUCAUCGACAGAAUCAGAGCCAAUGGCUGGAGUGUGGUUUCAACUAGUGCAAAGCCAUCAGUAGAUGAAAUCAAUGACUUGAAGUCUAAGCACGAAAAAGUGGAACAGCAGUUGAAGAACAAGUAUGUCGAUAUGAACGAGCUUCCUAACAUUCUCAGCCAGACUCCUGUAUUACUUGUCAUGGGAAGUGAAGGAGAAGGAAUCAGAACACAUAUGAAGUUGAGGUCCGACUUUUUGGUCGGAAUCGACAAGGGCAGAAAACAGGAUCAUAUCGUCGACUCGUUGAAUGUCAGUGUUGCUUCAGGUAUCUUGAUCGGCAAAUGUCUUGAGUGA